AUGAACCCGACCAUCUCCGUUCCACGUCAACAUGCCAGCCCUGCCAGCUUUGGCGGCACAACCCCAACGAGAAGCGGAUCCAGUAUACGGAUGCCGCGUUUCUUCAAGAGGCUAUUCAAGUUCCCGCAGAUGGAUUUUGAAAUGGCAAUCUGGGAGAUGACAUCACUAUUGAUAGCUCCUAAGAAGGUGUUCAAAUCAAUUUAUUAUCAUAAACAAACCAAAAACACCUGGCACCGUCCGGACCCCUCCUUUACGUAUUUGCUCUCCUUCUUUCUCCUACUCACUGCGCUCGCAUGGGGACUGGCUUAUGCGCCGGCCUUUGGCUCGAUCGUCCGCCUGUCGCUACUCUUUAUUUUUGUCCACUUCAUCGGUUCCUCGCUGGUGGUAUCAACAAUAGCUUACUUUGCGAUUCCACGACUGUUUGGCCCUGACGGUGCGGCUGCAUCCCUGUCCGGAUUCAGAGGGUCUCGCGGACGGAGGCGCGGCGCGGCACAAGGCUUGUUCGUGCAGCCUGGGGAGAAGGAUCAACUGGAGUUUGGAUACUGCUUCGAUGUGUCGAAUCGGGCCUUCUUCCCUCUAUAUCUCCACCUCUAUGUCGUCCAAUUCCUCCUUCUACCCUUACUCACUCGCAGUCCGAGCAACUUCCUCGCUACUUUCCUGGGAAAUACGCUCUAUCUAUCCGCGCUGAUAUACUACACCUACAUUACCUUUCUGGGGUACAAUGCCCUCCCGUUCCUACACAACACCGAGCUCCUCCUUCUUCCGAUCCUGGUCUUGUCCAUCCUGUGGCUCGUGAGUCUGAUUGCCGGCUGGGGGGUCGUCAUGCAUGGGCGCAGCGUGGAGUGGUUGUUUUGGGGUGUCUGA